UACCAAAAUUAAAUCAAAGACAUUUAACGGAGAUAGAUACUGGAAAUUAUUCAACAGGAUCAUUAGGUCAUGAUCAAGCGGCAACAACAAAUGAUGCGUCAAAUUUUCGAACUCAAUUACCAGAAGAAUUAACGGACGCUACGUACACGAAGAGAGAAAGUAAAUCGAGACUUACUUCAACUCCGUUAGUGGAUAGGGAGACAUAUAAUUUAGGUCAUACAGGAGAUCAAAAUUAUCAUCGACAAGAUGAUCAAAAUUAUGGUGAUGAAGCAACCCGUCAUAACACCCUUACUUCAGGAUACCCAAACCAUUAUGAAAAUGAAUAUAAUGAUAUAGAUUUCCCAGUGGUGGUAAAAAUGCACGUCAAUAUUUGA